AUGUCACAAGACAAGCUAUCCAUACCAUCUCUACUUGUUCUAGUAUUAGUCUCGGUAGGGUUGGCAGCCAGCUGCGAAGCCACCAACAAUCACCACUGCAACCCUUCCUCUUGCGGUGAUAUCCGAAAUAUUAGCUACCCUUUUCGACUGAAAGAAGAUCCCAUCCAUUGCGGUGACCCCAGCUACGAGCUUGCCUGUGAGAACAAUCGCAGCAUUGUCAACUUGUUUUUACAAAAGUACUACGUGCAGGAAAUUAUCUAUGAUCAGUACUUGAUGCGGGUAGUUGAUCCAGGCCUAGCUAAGGCCAAUUGUUCUUCUUUUCCAAUUAACACUCUGGAAUAUGAUGAGCUACAUAUGGCUGAUAACCCACAGGAUAAAUAUCCUUUAUAUGGAAUCUUCGAGACAAAUAUUCCUGUAUUAUUUAUUUCUUGCCCUGCUCCCGUGAGAUCUCCUUUCUUUUCAGAUAUCAUGGCAUUCUGCAGAAAUCAUAUGUCUUCCAACUUUUCAUCACCAACGAAUAACUAUUCUUACCUUUUAGUUGGAGACCAUAAAGUAUCUGUACUGAAUGAUUCCUGUGCUGUCAACAUGGCUGCUUGGGUCACAGAGGACUUUGGUGGAAGAAAAGCUUAUAAUUCUCUUGCGGGUCUUUAUGAUGCUCUUGCCUAUGGAUUUUUGCUUGAUUGGCAGGGCAUCUAUUGCCAACAGUGCAGCAGUGGUUUUUGUGAUCGUGACGUGAAUGAUUCUAUCCGUUGCUCACCUAAAUAUUUGCAGUGCGAGCUCCUUCACCCAAGUACAUUCAGGCCCACGUUCGAAUGUACGCUUACCAAGCCUUAA